GUCGAAACAUAUUUCGAGAUCGAAUUUACAUUCUAAUUUAAGAGAAUAUCGUUACAUAAAUUCUUCGAUAUCGUUUAAAAGUUGUAAUAUAAUUAAAAGGUUAGAAAACAAAACUACAGUGCAAUUCACCAAAACUAGUGAAUUUUCACCUGUUCAGACAAUUGCAUGUAAUAAUUAUUCUACAGCGACAGAACAUGUUUCUGUUUCGUCCGUUUCUUCCAAAUUAAACUAUAUUUCUCCAGAUCCGUUAAACAUAAAUAGUCAAUUAGUAAUUCUUCCCCAGCCUCGCUAUACUCCAAGAGAAGCGGGAAAAAUACAUUCCGGUGCCUUUUCAGAACACCUCGCUGUUUUACGAGCGUGCUUAAAAAUUGGUGAAAUAGAACGCGCCAGGCAUAUUUUAUCCAGUUUAAAUAAACAAUGUACAAACGAUGCGAAGCAAUAUCUAGACAUAAAGUUGCAUAACGAGUUUAUCGAAGCUUACUUGGAAGCAAAACCACCUAGAAUCAAUGAAGCUUUACAGUGGUUCGAUCAGUUGAAUUAUCAUGGACUAACCCCCGACUUGGCAACGUUUUCCAUUUUAAUAAGGGGUUAUCUGAGACUGGACUUAGAUUUGCUCGGAUAUUCGAUGCUAAAUGUUUUGGUAAAAGAAAUUGAGGAAGGUGGAUACUCAUUUGAACAAUUAAUUGAAAGUAAUUUAUUAUCCGACAAAGAAACUGAAAAAGUAUUACAUUUAUUACGAACAGAUCCAGAAUCAAAUACAGCAUCAAAAGAACUUUUAAAAAAAAUUGAAAAUGUUAUUGAGAAUCAGAAUCCUGUUUUAAAUGAAGAAUUAAGUUUAGAUGAGCCGGUUCCUACAAAGUCGUUUGGAGUAAAAAUUAUGAAAAAUGCUCUUUUAGCCAUUAAGGAAAGAGAAUUAGAUCUAGUUAAGCGACAAAUAAAAUUGGAAGAGAAUGCAUUACAAGCUGCUAUGGGACGUUGGAAACAUGAAAACGAGCAGCGUAAUCGAAAGGACAAACUUGCUGGUUUACAAAAGAAUGUAUUGAAAAAAUCGAUGUGGAUGUGGCACGAAAAGUUAACCCCUUUAAUUCAAGAGGAAUUGGAGAGAUGUAAAAACAAGGAAACAUUACUAACCGCUAUUACAAUAUUGGAAUUAUUGCGUCAACAUGGUGUAGGAGGAGUUAUUGAAGGAAUGAAAACCACCCGCGCUGUGCUUUCGAUUGGCAAAGCUGUUGAGAAUGAAUAUAAUUCAGAACAAUUAAAGAAGAAACAAAAUCGCAAUAGCGCGUUUAAAAAAGAUUUAAAUGUCCAUGAGCUUUUUUCAUCCGGAAAACUUUUCAAUAUGGCAAUCCGUCGAGAAGCGGCAAAAAUUGAGACAAAAGAUAUGGAAACGAAUUGGAAUCCGGAAUGGCCAAUAACCGUCAGAGCCAAAGUAAUAUCGAUUAAGUAUUCAAAUGCUUCUAUGUUGUUGGAAUGCGCAAAUAUUCCAACUACUACUAUUAAUCAUGAAACAAACGAGGAAAUUUGUAUGGAAGCACCCGCUUUCUAUCAUUCAUAUAUUCAACACAGAGGAAAAAGGAUUGGUGUUAUUAAGCUUAACCCACAAUUAAUUCAAUAUUUGUCAAAAGAACCUGUUAGAGAUAGUGUACAUCCACGAAUGUUACCAAUGUUAGUACAUCCAAGGCCUUGGUUGACUUUUAAUAGUGGUGGAUAUCUUACAUCCCCAAAUAUUCGAAAAAAAACGUGGAUUGAGAUUGGGAUUAAACUUCGACGCAUUAUUGAAAUUUGUUUAUUUCAAUCUUACUCAUGGAGUAAAUCUCAAUCACAAUCACCAUAUGCCAUGAGAGCAAAAGAUUGUCCCGAACAGUUAGCUUAUCUGCAAAAAGCAUCGGAAGAAGGAUACUUGGACCGUGUCUUCGCAGGUUUGGAUGUUCUGGGAUCCACGUGUUGGGUAGUCAAUAAGAAAGUAUAUAAAAUUGUUUUAGAAGUUUGGAAUAAAGGAGAGGCAUUAGGCAAAAUACCACCAGCCGAAAUAGAUUUAAAGGCUCCUGCUAAACCUGAAAAUUAUGAGACUGAGAUGCAUGCAAAAGUAAAAUGGUUUAAAGAGUGUAGAGCAAUUUCUCGUAAAAUAAGUAAUAACCAUUCUGAAAGAUGUACAGCAAAUUAUAAAGUCGAUAUUGCUGGUGCCUUUUUAAAUGAAACUAUGUAUUUUCCUCAUAGUCUUGACUUCCGAGGUCGUGCAUAUCCGAUACCACCACUGUUUAAUCACUUAGGAAAUGAUUUGUGUAGAGGCCUGUUGCUGUUCAAAGAAGCCAAACCAUUAGGUAAAAAUGGGUUGAAUUGGCUCAAGAUUCAAAUUGCCAAUCUAGUUGGGUUUGACAAAGCUUCUUUCGAAGACCGUAUAAAAUUUACAAACGAUCACAUUGAAGAUGUAAAGGAUUCUGCUAUAAAUCCUCUCAAUGGUAAAUGCUGGUGGAAAGAAGCCGAGGAUCCUUGGCAAUGUUUGGCAGCAUGUUUUGAAUUACAUGAAGCAUUGGAAUCUUCAGAUCCGGCAAAACAUCUAUCACAGAUUCCGAUACAUCAAGAUGGUACAUGUAAUGGAUUACAACAUUAUGCAGCACUUG